CUGAUAUGAUAAGAAAACAAUAUGCAAGAAAAUACCGUCAAUAAUCAAAAACGUUGUAAAAUUGCGCCUAAUUAAUUGCUGAGAAAUCUGUAAAAUCGAAUGAAUAUCGUCCUCGCGAUUUUCGAAGUGUUGUGAUUGCUUUUAUAUUCUGAUUAUGGUAUUCACCGGAGUUCAGUGGAUACCGUAAACCUGCCGGAGAUGAUUUUGACACCGUGUUGUCACCUGAUACUGUCAAACUUAUCACUAAAUUGUUGAUUAAUUCGCUGACUUCAGAAUUUAUUGGAGUUGCGUAUUAUAUAGUUUCCUUUCGGGGAUUAAAUGAGUUGGCCCUGAAGAUGGACGUGGUGACGACCAGCCUGGAGGCUCUUCUCCAGAGAGCGAUUAAUCCUCAGAAUGAGAAGCCGGACACGGCAGCAAUUGAUGCUUUCUGCGUGAUGGUGAUGAAGGAGACUGGAGGCAUGCAGAUUGGGUGCAAAUUACUUGCAACUAACAUUCAAUCUGCCACCGAGAACGAAGCGCUUCAGGCUCUUUCUCUCCUGGAUACUUGUAUGAAGCGUUGUGGCCGUCCGUUUCACUCAGAAGUCGGUAAAUUUCGUUUUCUAAACGAGAUGAUAAAGCUUGUGUCCCCAAAGUACCUUGGCACGAAGACUCCAGCCCCAGUCCGCGAGAAAGUCCUUAGCCUUCUGCACAAUUGGAAACAGGAAUACCCGCGAGAAACGAAGAUCAAGGAGGCCUUCGAGAUGUUGAGAAGCCAGGGUGUCGUCAAGACCCCACAGAACCACCCUAACUCCCAAACAAAACCCCCAAGAGUGGGAAAUGCCCUCUUCGAGGACGAGGAAACAGCCAAGCUCCUCCAGGAGCUCCUGCAGAGCAAAGACCCUUUCGAACUCCAGCUCGCCAACAACCUCAUCAAGAGCAUAGUCAAGGACGAUGAGAAGAGGAUCCAGCAGAAGUCCCAGAGAAAUCUCGAGCUAGAGUCAGUCCACAACAACGUGAAAUUGUUAUCAGAAAUGUUGGACAAUUACAAUCCAUCCCAACCAAAUCCAGACGAUGUCGAUCUCAUGAAGGAGCUCCACCAGACGUGCCAGCGCCUAAAACCCACGCUUCUUCGUCUAGCGGAAGAGACCCAAGACAACGAUGACAUUCUGAGUGACGUACUGACAGCCAAUGAUGAACUCUCCCACGUGUUCGAUAAAUUCAACUCCACUUUCACCCAAAGCAACGAGUCCAACGCCAAUGGCAUAUCCCUCCUCGACCUGGACACUCCAGCUGACACCAGCACCUCCUCCAGGAAUUGUCUCCUGCUCAACGACAAUCAGAGGAGCACUGGGCCUAGUGACAUUGAGAUACUGGGGGACAUAUUUAAUGCCAUCUCAACGACACCAAGUGCCACAGAGGUUUCGCCAAAUAACUUCGAUAGUCUAAUGGAUAACCUUAAUGUUCUGCAGCCAGUGAGUGUACAAAAGGCAAAAUGUGACCCUGGGGAGAAGAUUCCAGGAGUGAAGGUCGACGCUAAGGCAAAGGCUCUGGAGGAGCUGAAUGAGAUGGGGAAGAUAAUGCUGCAGGAGUCACUGCUGGAGAACAGCAGAAUGAUGAAGAGCUUGGUUGACGAGUUCGAAGGGUCUCCAGGAGAUAAAGGAGUUCUCAGGGUUGGGGAUAAAAAUAAAAAUAAGAGUCAAACGAUUUUGAUGGGACAGGGGGCAGGUGCGGAGGAGGAGAAAAAGAAUGGCUCUGGAAAUGUCAAUUGGGAGGACGAUGGCGAGGACGACAAAAUGGUAUUGGGGGAGCAGAAUGGAAAGACUGGUGCGGUAAUUGAUGAGGUGGUGGAGGUAGACAUCAAACCUCUGGGGGAAUUACACGUUACACUUAGUGAUGUUAAACCCAGCAAGGUACCUCCUGUGACUGUUAUUGAUAAUAAAAAUGAAAUAUCUGUGAUUCUGCAUUUUGCGGAUGGUGGACCCAGGAAGGAUGUUACUGUUGUUGUUGUCACUACUGUAAGCAAAAAUUGUAAAGCAUUGAGGGAUUAUCUGUUUCAAGCUGUUGUACCUAAAAGCUGCAAGUGCCGGCUACAGCCACCAUCCGGAGUUGAAUUACCUGGAUUCAAUGUAUUUUUGCCACCCGCUGCUAUCACGCAAAUCAUGAUGAUCGCUAAUCCACUGAAGGUGCCUCUGUCAUUAAAGUUCAUGCUGAGCUACACAAUGGAGGACGAAACCUUCACGGAAAUGGGCGAAGUCGACAACAUUCUGACAUCUUAAUUGCAAAUCCUCAUUUUAUUUUCUUCAUUAGUAACUAGAGGCCAAUAACCACUGGACCGAUUUUUUUUUCACUGUCAAAAGUAAUUUUACCAUAAAAGAUAAAACAAUCAAAGAGACUUUUUAAUUAAUUAUUCGAAAGGGAAGAAUAGAUGAAUUUCGUUCUCGUUGAUGUUGUUCUAGUCGAAAACCAUCAAAGUACUUUUUCGUUCAUGUUUCAGUACUUACGAGAAUUAAUGACUCGAAGUAAUCAUAAAGAUUAUUGUUUUAAUUUUAAGAUUAUGUGUGAGCAUAAGUUUAUAUACGAAUUGCAUCGUCUUCGUAUAAUUGUGAUGUAUUGGAAUAGCUGGAGGGAUCGAUUAACUGAAUAGAAUUAUUAUAUUUGAAUAAAAGUAUAUGAAAUUGUGUUUGAAAAACGAAACAA